GGCCCAGUGACCUCCGUCUGAUAUUUUAUUUACUCCCGAAAUCCAAGAUGGCUCCUGUGAAUGUCUCGGUCCCAUAGCAAUUGAGGAUGCAAGUAGCUACGGAAAAAAACAACUUUUCCCCGACCAUCUUAUCCCCUGAAAUUGUAUUCGUAUGGUGCGGAGGCCCCCUUACAUCUUACUAGGCACUAAAUAGCCUUUGCAUCUAGGCGGAACACCCUUGAAUUCGCCAAUUUGAAGUAGUUUCGCGAAGUAGCUCGCGCUGUCGCUGUCUGUCCGGAGCGAGGUUCAGGCAGGCAGCUCAUCCAAAUGGCCGAACCGAGAAAAGUACAAUUUGUCACCCUCUCGGCCUUCGCUGGUGGAUCAGCCUCGGAUUCUAGGAAACGCCGGUUGGAUGAUGAGGCCGACAUCAACUUAGAUGAAGAUGCGGAGGCCGACACCAUAGCGACCGGGGCAGGAGAUGGUGGUCUUUUCGGCAAAGCUGGCGACAGGGACAAGGCUGAAGCAAAGAAGAUUACUGUGCGAUUGAACCUUUCUCUGUCCGAGCCCAGCGAUCAAUCGUCUGCCGAGUUCAAUUACAGCGAACUCAUCCAAAAUCUCCAGGCAAAGAAGACCCCCCCUAGUAUCGCCCCUGCCCCUGUCCCUGCCCCUGUACUCGACCCUAACGACCCUUUUAACGACGAUGAGAAAGACAGACUGCAGGUCGAAGCCAUGGCUAAAAAGUUUGAAAACAAAUAUGGGAAUGCUGGGAAGAAGAAGAGGAAGGAUAGGAUGCAGGAUCUGAUAGACAUAGGCUUUGGCUACGACGAGACCGAUCCCUUCAUAGACAACUCGGAAGCAUACGAUGAGCUGGUGCCCGCCUCCCUGACCACCAAGCUGGGAGGGUUCUACAUCAACACGGGCACGCUGCAGUUCCGCGCCACCUCGGAGGACGAGGGCGAAGACGGGGCCAAGGAGGGUGAACCCCGGCAGAAACUCAAGGAUGGAGAGGAGCAAGUGAUCAAGAGACGGAAGAGAAAAGAAGGGAACAGCCUGGAGGAGAAGAAGCCCAGGAAGAACAGAGUGCCCAAGCAAGGAGUAUCGUCUCACAACAUCCAUCGACCAGAGAAGAAGAAGAGGAAGAAACUGAUGAAGGACUCGUUGUGCCUGGCGGCUAUGCUACGUCGCUUCACCCGGGAGAAGGAGGAGUUGCGGAAGGUCAACCCCAGCGCGGUGCACCCUGGCCUGGCAGGCGGCUUGGCCAACACCCCCCGCGCUAACAACAUGCUAGCGAACUCCCACAUGCACGGCAACGCAGCCAACAAUGACGUCUCACUGGCCGACCUGACCUCCGACCCCGCCAUGAUGUCACUGCUGGGCUCGGCCAACGAGAAGGAGCUGCAGGACCUCCUAGGCGACUUUAGCCUAGGAGGACUGGACUUUAGCCUGCUGGAGUCGAGUGCGCCGCACUCGUCGGCGAGAGAGAACGGCCUGCUGGGAGUUGGAGUUCCAGGGCCGAAGGUGGGAGGAGGGGGUCUGGGAAGGGGACUGGGAGCCUCAGCAGGCCUCCUAUCCCCCCCUCCCCUCCCGGACGGCCUGCCUCCUCCCCUCACCAAACGGAUCGAGGACCUACGGGCGGCAUCGCGGCAGUUUGAUCAAGAAGGCAGGAAGAAAUUCUUCACCCUGGAUAUGAAUAACAUCUUGCUGGAUAUUGAGCUGCAGGUGCAGGAGCAGCCGGUGGCGGUGCGCUCGCAGGUCUACUCCCACAUGGAGGCCUUCGUGCCCUGCAACAAGGAGGCCCUGCUCAAACGCCUGAAGAAGCUGAGCCUCAACAUCCAGGAUGACCGCCUGCGGACGCCCCUGUUGAAGCUGAAGCUGGCCGUGUGCAGUGUGAUGCCCGAGCAGAUCCAGAAAUACAACAUGGACUGCAUGGCCAAGGCUGCCAAGCAGCAGUCUGAGGAGGUGGAGAAGAACGGUUCUGGGGAAGAGGAGGACGAGGAGAAGCCAGGCAAGAGGGUCAUGGGUCCCAGGAAGAAGUUUGUCUGGGACGACAAGCUCAGGGGCCUGCUGUGUAACCUGGUGCGUGUGAAGCUGAGCUGCUACGAGCUGGAGGCCCAGUGCUCUCUGUCGGUGGAGGACUACCUCAAGGCCUUCAUGGAGAAUGAAGUCAAACCACUGUGGCCCAAGGGCUGGAUGCAGGCCAGGAUGCUGUUCAAGGAGAGCCGUGCUGUACACAGUCACCUCACUGGCAACCUAGCUAAGAAGAGGAUGGUCCCUGGUCCAAAGGCCAAAGCCAAGGAGGGCCCGUGGAUCCAGAGACUCCCCACCACCACCCCUCCCUCCCUGCCCUCCUCCAUGGCGCUGGCUGGCGCCCGCCUGCCCCUCUCCUCCUCGCCCGCCUGCCCCUCGGAGCCCAUCUGCCUGUCGGACUCCCUGGACGAGGAUCUGACGGCGCCCUCGCUCGACUCCAUCUCCCACGCCCUGGCCCUGCUCAGCAACGCCGCCAAGGGCCUGGGCCCCGGGGACAGCCCCCUCUCCCCCCCGCCCCUCCAGGUCCCCGCCUCCUCCCCGCCCUCGGUGGCGCCCCACUACCCCUCCGCACAGCAUUCCCUCUCCAAGAUGGAGACCCCCCCUCUGGUGGCCAUGUCCCUGGCCAACUCCGUCUCCUCCUCCAUGGUCGCCAUGACGACGGCGUCUACCUCUCCCUCCGUGUCCUCGAUGGCGCGCCUCCAGGCGGGGCAGGCGCUGACGGUCCGGGGCGGGGACGCGUACGGCUUGAUGAAAGGGGUGGGGCUCAUGGGGCAGGCGCAGAGGCACGUCGGCGCGGCGACGGCCUCCCACCGGACGGGCGUGCUGGCCGGAGGGAGUAAACUCCACCCGCCGCCGUCCCCCUCCCCGCCCAAGCCACGCCCGCCCCCCACAGCGUCGCCCCUCCUGCCCCCCCACCAGAAGGGUUUCGCCUCCCCAGGGGCGGGCAAGGCGUCGUCGGGCAUGGCCGUGUCCGGACUGGCCAAGAGCGGCACCAAAGCUGGCGGCGCCGGCAGCAGCAACGGUGGCCACAUGGGGGCCCUGCCCCAAUCCUCCUCCCCCUCCCCGCAGUCCCGCGCCAACUCCCACCCCGGCGCCCAGUCCUUCUGCCCCCCCUCUUCCUCCUCGCCCUCCUCCUCUCCCGCCUCCUCCUCGUCCUCCCACCCCCAGGCAAAGGGGCUCCCCUCCCACGCCCACCACCACCCCCACCACCAGUCCAACUUCAUCACGCCCAUGCAGGCCACGCUCACCAAGUCCUCCCACAGCAGCAGCUCGCCCAUCAUCAAGCUCACGCCCCGGCCCCCGGCCCCCACCCCCCCGCCCUCUUCCUCCCCCUCCCCUCCCUCCUCCUCCCCCUCCCAUGGCCUGUCCCUCCCCCAGAUGAUGGCCGGGCAGCACCAGUACCAGUCCCCCAAGGCCUCGGGCUUCCGGCCCCCCUUCAGCGUGCAGGGCGGGGGCCAGGCCAAGGCCGGGGGCGGGGGGAUCUACAGCUUCGCCGGGGGUCAGAAGGCUCCGUCGGUCAGCAGCGGUGGAGCCAACGCCAGCAGCAGCCCCAUGGGCAUGUCGCCGGCCGGCAGCCCCUCCCCCUCCGGCAGCCACGGGCAGCAGAGGCAGAGGGCGGCGGGCGGAGCCGGCCAGGGCAGCAAAUCCGUCGGCAGUCGGGCGCUGACGGGAACCCUGGCCACGCCUCCUGUUACCUCCCACCUGUCACAGGUGUCUUCAGCGGGCGGCACCCUGCUGGGCAGCCCCCCCUCCCUGCCCCUGGGCUUCGGGAUGCUGGGGGGUCUGGUGCCCGUGUCGCUGCCCUUCCAGUUCCCCUCGUUGCUCAACUUCAGCCCCCCCGGGGUGCCAGGGGCCAGUGGCGCCAACUCAGGAUACGCCCUGGCACAGAGCGAGCUCAUGGAACUGUAUAAGAGUCUCCAGUCAGGGUCACAGCCUGCACUACCUCCCCACUUGCAGCUUGCUUUCUCAGAUGCGAACCAAAGCCAGGGUGGAGACAUGAAGAGGAAGUCCCACUGACCAAUAAGAUAGGAGGAUGGAGAGACCAGCCUGGUGACAUCACCACCUCCCUGGAGACAUCCACCACUAGGAUCACUUUGAUUGACAGGAUCACGAUGAUGUAACAAGCUGUGUGGGAGGAGCCUCAAUCCCACCACUUUGGAAAGGACCUGAAGAAUCAAUUUGCUCUCACUAUGACGUUGAUUAAUUUAAUUGUAACUUUUAAUUAUCGGGUAUGGACACAGGACAUUGGGGUUAACAAUGAAAACUAUUCUUUUAAUUUUGUUUUGUUUUCGUCAACAUGUUUACAUGACCGACCUUGAUCACUGUGGAACGUGAGAUCGAGAACAGGAGAGGACGCUACACGUAAUGUUACUUGUAUUUAAGUCAAAGUGGAAAUAAUUUGACUUUUUUUUGUUUGUUCUUGCAGUAAAAAAAAAAACAACCCCAGAUUGAAUAUGAAUAAUUUUUUGUUUUUGGUGUUCAUGACUCCCUCCCGGUGUGGACAGACCUGUAGACUCAACAUAGGGAAUCAUUGUCUAUAGAGUUGUACUGUUUCAAGUCACCUCUGCUCCCACAAUGACUGUUAAAGGUAGUAGCUAAUAUGAAUAUUGAUAAAUUAUUUGUAAUUUACACAGGGACAAAAAAAAGAAAAGGAAAAAAAAAAAGUUUAGCAGUGUGUGUGUGAAUGGAUGGGAUUGAUUGAAUGUGUGUAUGUACAUAAACAUAAAGUAUACUGUAUUUUCUUCCCAGGUCAGUCUGUGCUACAAGUGUGUGUGUGUGUGUGUGAGUGAGUGAAAGCAGAUCCCCUUCUUGGUGUGGGUGAAUGUGUGUUUUCCCCUCUCUUGCUCAGUGUGUCUUUGGUGCUGUAUAUUACACUGGACCUUUUCUGGUAAAAAAAAAAAACAAACACUUGAAAUGUGAAGCAGGUUUUGCUUCCGGAAAGAUGAGUGGGGCUGUGAGAGAGGGGAGAAAUGUGAGAAUGUAGCCUACUUGAAUUUUUAAUUUUAUAUAUAUUUUUUGUUUUGCUUAUCAAGUCAAACAAGUCAAAACUCAAUAUAACACAACGCCUUAGUUUGUAAGUUUUAAAGAACUAUGCAGGACUAUAAAUGCUCAAUGCAAAAGUGCAAGUCGUCGCUUGGCUUUCAACCUCUACCCAACUGUCAGUGUAUUUCUGGGAGUUGUGAAUGUUUGUGUAUUUAUGUACGACUACUUCUCAACCUUAAUACCUUUCCCUCUGCCGAAUACCUCUCAAUACCGUUCUUCCAUUCCCUCGUUCCACUUCCUUUUACAGUCUGUCCAGUUUCCCUCUAACAGCUGUUUGUCAGACCAACCGCACCAGGAAUGGCGCCCAAGAUGAGUGUUCCUUAGCAUUAGAUGGGGUGUAUUGGUCAGCCUGUGUGUGUGUGUGUAUGAGUGAGUGUGUAUUCUGACAUUCUCUUUAAAAUGUAACCAUGAGUGUUUCGUCUGUGGUCUGUCAGGAUGUCAUGGUGAAGAAUUUAAUUUUUCUUUUGUGACUGGAGCAGGGGGUGACAUUUGGGGGGUUAAACAUAACAUUUCAUGGUAACUGGUUACUUAAUUCGGUCUCCUUUUUGUAGAUUAUUUUUGUGUGUCAAUUAUGAAAUAAAAAUGGGAGGAGGUUUUCAGUA